AUGCUGUUUACACUGCUAAACGUAUUUGAAAAACCGGAUUUGAAAAUUGAUAGUGAACAACGAAUGAAAAGAAUAAUAGAUUUAGGAUUAAAAAUGUAUAUGCCAGAGGAAUGCAAAGAUAAUAGAAAACAUAGUUUAACAACUGAAGAAAUUUCUGGGAAAAGUUCCUUGUCAACGUCAAAAAAUAAGAAGGCUAGGAAAGCUUCAAACUACAAGUUGCCCAGUGAUACUUUGAAAUUGAUAAAGAAAGAUAUAUUGAACAAACGUGUUUAUUUAUCAAACUGUAUUGAAUAA